AUGGCCUCAACUAAGGUGCCUGAAGUUCCAGACAUUUAUGAAGACACACUCGAAGAUCAAAAGUCAUUAAUACCGGCUCCUCAUGUUUCUGUGGAGCCUCUUGAUGAGCAGCUAGCCAUGUCUUUUAAGAGAAGUCUGCUGGGCAUAACAGUGGAGAAGAAGAGGCUGCGUGAUCUACCGAACGCAGUGUUACUCAACGCCAUCAAUGACAUUGUGGAGCAGAAGAUCAAACAAAAGCUUGCAUCAAAAGGAUUGUCACCAAAUCCAAACUUCAAUAGAUCUCUGAACAGGGCCAUCUCGCUCAAAAUCGCAGAUCGUGCCAGUCGAACAUUGUGGAGAUUGGAGAAGCAAAACUCUUACAGGAACAAGAAGGCUCUGCUAAAUACGUGGCAGGAUGUACAAAUAGCUAACAUGCUUGGCAGGUCCAAGCAGGAUAGAGCACCAGUUGCAAGCUACCGCAAAAGCUACGAGCAAGCUCGAGCUUUGUUUAUGGAACGCAAGGAACAAUAUCAAUACGAUGAUUCUCUCUAUGGCAGUGAUGCUGAGUCAGACUCUGAUAGUGAUCCCAAUUUCGUCAUGACAGCGCCAGAGUUCGAUAUUGAACAUCACCUUGAUGCAAUUAAACAAGAGGGUACUUUGCCCUUCAACACGAACACUGAUCCCUCGGCAGAGCUUGACGUGCGUAAACGGGAGUUUGAAGAGAAGGAGUCGAUUUUCACAGCAUUCUGGAACGAGGCUGCGGCAUCAUCCCAGCUCUCGUAUGCUUCAGAUAAUCCAAACUCUUACAAAAUACCCGAGGGACCCUUGGCCAAAGAGAGAGAAGAUACACUCGCUACAAAUUUGCUUAGCAAAAAAGACUAUCGAAUUCAUUUUACUAAAUAA